AUGCUAGGAUCAAAGAUCCUCAAGCGCUGCAAGGCGCGUCUCAGUCUUGCCAGACAGCUCAGACAGCGUCGCAGUCUCACUAAUAACAACGAAACUACAACACCCUCUGGAUCCCCCGGACCGUCUCUUAUGCAAGUCGAUGGAGCUGGCGAUCUUGAUACCGAGCCCAUCAACCUCGAUAGUGACGAUGAUGACACAAUCACCACACCCUCUCGAACUCUCGGAACAACCCCCCUGCAGGCGGAUGGACCUGACAAUAUUGCUAUCGACCCUCUCAACCUUCAUGGUGACAACAACACACCCUCUGGACCUUCUGGACUGUCUCUGCAGGCGGAUGGACCUAGCGAUCUCGGUGUCAGCCCUUCGAACUUCAAUGGUUCCGAAAGGGACUUCGACAUAUUCAUCAAUACAAGUCUUGAGAACGAUGUGCCCAACACUGCGGGCGAAUCUAUGAAUAAGAGGGAGUUUGAUGAAUUGAUGUCUCUUAUCCAAGCCGAUGUUGGAUCUAAUGGUGAUGAAGCCAACACAAGCAGCCCAAACAACAUUGAACGUACUGGAAGUGGGACGACCAGUACCGAAAGCGUUGAAACUGCUCAGCGCGUGCAGCCCAAUGAGCCAGUUCCCAACCACUGGGGCAGCUCUGCUAGAAUUGUUGACGUCACUGAUGUCAGUAACCCCGAGGAAUGGCCUGCUGAUAUGGAUCCCAAGAACCCAGCGGUGGAAUUCGGCACCCAGUCCUCAUUAGAGCUGAUCCACCCGAAUUCCAACUACGAAUUGCAGCAGGCUGUUGCCAGCGGCUCUUCACACAAUGUGGGAGUCCACUACGGGCAGCAGAAUCCUGGUAGUAUGCUGUACACAAACUCUAAUCUCUUCGGAGCUCCAGGUGUUUCUGCAUUCGUAGAUGGUAGCAAUGUCGAGCACUUGCCCAUCGGGACUUGGAAUUCCGUGGCGUCGAACCCCUUCAUGGCUGCGGCUAACCCAGCAUCAGAUGGGCAGUUGCAGCCCUUGACUCCUCCUCAGAUGACUCCUCCUCAGACUCUUGGUCGCGCCCCGGACAACCCAAUCCUCAGACAGGCAGUUGAAAACAACCGAAAGCGUAAGCAUGAGGCGUCGAACGCUGUUGUCCCGAGCAGUUCCAACACCGCAGCUAGUCACCCAGACAUCGCUGCUGGAAGCUCAAGCUCCCUGGCUGAUCGUCAUGGUGAGCUUGAGCGGCCCGCGAAAAGAUGCAAACUUAACAAGAAAGACUUGGAGGCGCUGAGGCCCAAACGCAAGAAGAAGAAUGGAAAGGGGAAAGGUAAAGGGGGCCGAGGCGGCCGAGGCGGUCCAGGGUCAGAGUCGGAAUCAGACACAACUCCUGAGCCGAAGCGCGUCAAGCUUCAGAAGGCCAACUUUUGGAACUCCUUGGAUCCCAACUCCCGCGGAGUCCGUCCCGCAAACUUUCCGGACAUUGACAGACUUCUCAACCCAACCAGCGACAUACCGCAGGCCACCAUCUACGAUUCCGCGAGUGAGGCGCGUGCUGACCACAAGACCGAUACCGACGUCGAGAAAGACGACGACACCAUCCCCAAGACGCAUGCCGCCAAGAAGGCUAUCGUGGUGGCGUUGACCAAUUUGAUGAUAGACAACUCUUGGGCACAAGACGGCAAGAGGUCUUUUGGCACUUGGGACAACGCCUUCCACCCCAGGCAUGUGCUAGAAAAAGCCGCGUGGGAGCUACUGGAAGCACUGAUCCGGCGUAAUACACAGGGCCCAGAUCUCCUCUAUUAUGAAUUUUUGAAGUUCUCGCUUCCCCCCAGGUGGUUGACUUUCAAAGAAAGGCUUUCGAAGGUGAUGGAGGCCAUGAUCUACCACAAGGCUGUGGUCAAGCACCUUCUUGAUCCUCCGUAUCUGCAUACUCUCGUGGAGGACCCGUUUGGCAGCAUUCACCGCGUUCGCGACAAUAGAUACCUGAACGGUAAGAAGGCCAAGUUGCUUAAGGUGGCGGCGGAGGCCAAGAAGAAGGAGCAAGAGGAGGCUCGUAGAGCUCAAUCUUUGGCCCAGGCGCCCGUUGAAGAGGGACCCGCCUCCGGCUACGAAGAGUACUCCGCGGACGACGAAGAAUCCGCAGAUGAGUCCAUUGACCUGGAGAGCCCGCCUACCUCGCCUCCUCUCGCGGCCGCGGGACCUUCUUCGAAGAAGGGAAAUGCCUCCACCAAAGUCAACGGCAGCACUCCCAAGGCACCCGCGGCCAAGUCCGCUGUGCAGAAUGUCAUCCCAGGCACCUUUGUUCCGGCCGCAAUGGGUCUUGACGAUCUUGGAAACCUCAUGGGAGAACCCUCUUAUCCUGCUGGAGCCUACGCGGACGCGCAGCCCUUGUUCCCCAUCGCGGACCCCAACCCACCCUUCCUGGCUACAGCCCCUACUGCGCACACUGCGAUGCCCGGAGACCUCCAGGAUCUCAUGGACCCCUGGCUGGAAGAUCUUGAAUUCGUUCCUUUCGGGGCUCAUCCCAUCCACCCAGCCUACGUUGAUCCCGGCAACAUGGCACAUGGCGGCAACAUGGCACAGGGCAGCAACAUGGCACAGGGCAGCAGCCUUCAGCCAAACGUUCAGAACUUGAACGGCCCCAACCAGGGCAACAUGGCACCUCCUCCCCUGAGCAACAUGCAGACCGUCGAUCCUCGUAUGAUCAUGGCGCAGAGCAGCCUCGUGCCGGCGGGCCGCACCAUCCAACCCCCGCAGAACAACGUGCAGAGCAGCCUCGUGCCGGCGAGCCGCGCCAUCCAACCCCGGCAGCACGGACAGAUGCAGAAAGCCAUGGGCCAAGACGUUGCUAAUCCGAACAUGUUCGACUCCGACAACAGCACGAAUGCAUUGGGUCCGCUCCCGGACUAUAUGCUCCCCCUCCCCUUGAUCGAUGUGCACAAAAGGAAUGCUGGCCCUACGAUAAUCCCCAACCAACAGGGCUGCGUCGAUUAUCUGAACACAAGGGACGCUGGUUCCUUCGCAUGGGUUGAUCUUCCUAGGCCUACACGUGCUGUCCCUCAGAAGCCUGCCCCUCCGUCUCGUGCCGCUCUCGGUGAGCUUGCCCCAUCUGAGAUUACUAGGGUGCAGGGUGUCUUUGAUGAUAUGAACAAAAAGAAGCACAAGCGCAAGCAGGCGGACGCUGGCAUUCAGGAUGAUAUUCAGCCGUGCAAGCGCAAGCCAUAG